AUGCCGCCGUUACCGGUGUACGUCGCACCGGAAUGGUCCGGGCCGCCAGAAGGACAAACGUCGUUCAGUUUGGAAGUGUUAAAGAGCGGCCAAGUUGUGGAUUUAAUCGUUUUAACAACAACAACAACAACAACGUCGAAGGUGGAUGAUGAUGAUGUGGUUCCUAAGAGUCGCUCGUACGUCACGUUUGGGCGACAUCCGCUGUGCGAUGUUGUCAUCGAGCACCCGUCGAGUUCGAGAUUGCAUUGCGUGUUGCAAUUUAAGAAAAACACGAAGGAAAUGUACCUGUUCGAUCCGGGGUCGACGCACGGGGUGUUUGUGAAUAAACGGAAAUUGAAGAAAGGAAUACACGCGCCAAUAUUUGUCGGCGAUCAGAUUAAGUUUGGGGAGAGCACGAGAGAUUACAUCGUGCAAGGAGACGAGGCUUUAAUGCCCGAGUGCGGGUUGACGAACCGAGAGCUAGAGAAGGUGAAGGAGAUUCAAAAGAGGCGAGAGAUGGAACAGAGGAAAGACGAGGAGGAAAAGAAGAUGGAAGAAGCCGCGGUGGCGUGGGGGAUGGCCUCGGAAGAGUUUGAAAAGAAAAAUAUGGACGAAGACGACAUCGAUUGGAGAACGCACGACGUCGCGAAGUUUACGCAAAACAUGCGCAAGGCGAUUGAGAAAGUGAGGCAGAAGGAGAUGAAAGCGGAGAACAUGCGUUCGGAGAUUGAACGCAUCAAACGAAAGGAAAGUUCCCAAGAAGGUGGUCUCACGCACGGGCAAGUGCAACAAAUGCACAAAAACGAAACCGCGCUUGAGUUGCUUCAAGAGCACAUAGAUGAAGCGGACGAGCGGUUGAACGAGUCGUUGAGGGAAGUUUUAGGAUUAGCGAGUAGAAAUAAGACGAAGGAGAAGAGAAAGAAGAGGAAAGCGAUAGAUUCCGAGGACGAGGAGGAAGACGGGUUUUACGAUCGCACGGAAAAGCGCGCGAGUAAGAAGGAAGAAGAGAAGAACAACAAGAAGAAAAAGAAGAAUGCAAAAGCAAAAAUCUUUGUCGAAACGGAAACCGCGGCGUCGCUGUGGGAGAAGAAACUAAACGCCGAGUCGACGCUAAAAUCGUUGCAAACGUCUUUGGAAAAAGCGAGAAAAGAUCAAGAGAGUGCCAGAAUCGAAAGAGAACGCUUAGAUGCCACAGAAGAUGCAGAUGCGAUGGAUAUUUUCACCUCGGACGCUCGAAAAGAGGCGUGCGCAGAUACCAUCCAACGCUUGCUAAAAUCCAUCGACGAGAAGGAAGAAGAGUUGGAACGUCACGCGUCUUUGUUGGAGAUUGCGGACCCGCACGAGGAGUUCAAGCCUGGCACGAGUAAAGGCGAUGCGCUCAAAGCCGUCGUCGAGAAGGAGAAGAAAGAGAAAGAGGAAGCGGAAAGGAAGCGCAAGCAAGAGUUGAUUGAGAAAAUGAAAGCAGAAAAAGAGAAACAAAUGAAAGAGCACGAAGAGCGACUGAAAGUACAAAAGUGGGAAAAAGAAGGCCAACUGUUGGAAAAGAAGACGUUCACGGGAGGUGCUGAUGGUAUCGGCGGUGCAAAUGGCGGCUCGGGGCAAGACAGUGCAAAGGCGGAAAAGAAGAGAAAAAUUAUCGAGCGCGUGGAAGACGAGGCGCCCGUGGUGGUUGACGAAGAGGAAAAGACGCGCAAAAAGGAAACAAGCGUGAAAUCGUUAUCGCCACCACCACCAUCACCAGCGACAAUCGUAUCAGAACCGAAAAGAGACGCAAUCAAACUCGACGAUCCGGGAGAUGGUUUCUUGACGCCGGCUCAAGUCAAAGCCUUGGCGGAUAAACAAGGCGGCUUUGGUCUCCAAAUCCGCAAAAAACCAACCGUCGCCAAAAAUCCCUCGUCAAAUCCGCGAACGACGACGACAACCACAUCUCACCUCGGUAACGUCAAAACCGACGAACAAAUCCGUUCUGAAGCUGAACGCAAAGUCGAAUUAGAGAUGCGUAAAAUCUUGAGCGGCGGUUUCGGUCAAGAUGAACGCGACGAAGACAAAGAAGUAAACGCAAAAGAAAAAGAAGAAGAUGACAACUGGGUCGCCCCUAUCGAUCAAAGAGGUGACGGUAAGACGCGCUUGAACGAAAAAUUAGGAUACUAG